ACACACACACACACACACACACACACAGAAACCCCUUGAGUGUGCCUGGGUGAAGAGCAGCAGAAACAUGAGUGCACCAGAGGAUGAGAAGUAUCCCAGAAAGAUCCUGGGGUACAUGGAGGGCUUCUUGAUAUCCAAGACCCUGUUUGCUGCGUGUGAGCUGGGAGUGUUUGACCACUUGGAGGCAUCAGAGCGCCCCCUCUCAGCUGCGGAGGUAGCACAGGCUCUGGACACCAGUGAGGACGGAACACAGCGGCUGCUCUCGGCUUGUGCUGGCCUGGAGCUGCUCGUUGUCCAGCAAUGCAAUGACCAAGUUGUGUACAGCAACACUGGUCUGUCCAGUAGAUACCUGACGCGGAGCGGCCCCCAGUCUCUCUACCACUCCAUACAGUACAACUCCAAGACCAUCUACCUCUGCUGGCACUACCUCACUGAUGCAGUCAGGGAAGGACGGAACCAGUACGAGAAGGCGUUUGGUGUCAGCUCUAAAGAUCUUUUUGAGGCACUGUACAGGUCGGAUGAAGAGAUGGUGAAGUUCAUGCAUCUGAUGAACUCGAUAUGGAACAUAUGCGGCAAAGAUGUGGUCACAGCAUUCGAUCUCUCAUCUUUCAAGAUCAUCUAUGACCUUGGAGGCUGCAGCGGUGCAUUAGCCAAACAGUGCACUCUGGCGUACCCCGGAUCCAGCGUGACCAUCUUCGACCUUCCUAAGGUGGUGCAGAUGUCAAGAGAGCAUUUUGUGUCAGCCGAGGACAAGAGGAUUUCAUUCCAUGAAGGGGACUUUUUUAAGGACAAGCUGCCUGAAGCUGACCUCUACAUCCUGGCCAGGAUACUGCAUGACUGGACUGAUGACCGCAGCUUGGAGCUCCUGGCCAAAGUCUACCAGUCCUGCAGACCGGGUGGAGGGGUGCUGCUGGUGGAGGCCCUGCUGCAUGAGGACGGCAGUGGGCCGCUGACGGCGCAGCUCUACUCCCUCAACAUGCUGGUGCAGACGGAGGGCAGGGAGCGCCGUGCCUCCGAGUACACCAGCCUCCUCACCGCCGCCGGCUUCACCAGCAUCCAGGUCCAGCGCACGGGCAAGCUCUACGACGCCAUCCUGGCCAGGAGAUAGAGAUAGAGAUAGAGAUAGAGA